AUGGGAGCAUCAGAGGCUGUAACUGAUCCAUCAAGUCUAUACCAGAUGGACUAUAUGGCCAACGAUUUUGAUUCUGACACGGCUGUGGUGCAUACCGUGAGAAAUGCUCUUGCAUCUGUCCAAACUGGGGAAUCAGAUAGUUACGAUGAGCUUGUUGGAGUUAUGCACGUCAAUAGAUUUUCUGAUUCUGACGCAGUGGCACAGCUUGCGUCAGUCUUGAAGGCUUUAUCAGGCUCUGUGGCUUGCAUUGAUAUCAUUCACCAUCGAAAGAUUCUUUCUGCGAUUUUUGGAAUGAAAUUGUGGGACCAGAGAGAGGCUGUCAUGGAUGCAUUGGUUGGCCUAAUCAUAUCACUGGCUGCCACUAGUGGAAAGUAUCUGGACUCGUGUCUGAAUAUGCUUGUAAGCAACUUCCUUCCACCGCCUUUUGUAAUAAAAGGACACUCGGAACCCCGUAUAAUCAACACGAAGAGAGAGGUUCUUUCUCGGGUUCAUGCAGCGCUUCUGAAAAUCUCUGUUCUGGUUCCUCUUGCUCCCUCAAGAUUGUUGCCCAUGCUCGCCCAUAAAAUGCCCAAAAUACAGAAAAAGGACCAGUCGGUUGUGAUAUAUGUGGAAAACUUAUUAAAGUUGGAGAAUAGCUCAAUCGGGCAAGUUAGUGGCAGCAUGAUUCUUAUGAUGGUGAUGGAGAGGCUGCGAGAUUUGGAUCUGGAGAUUGGAUGGGAUGAUAUUCCACAAGAUGACCCUAGUAGAGGCAUGUUUGAUAUGGAACUUGAAGAUCCAGCUGAAGGCACUAUGGAUGAAGGAGACGAGCUUCCAGUGGGUUCUCUAAAGGAGGAUACGUCAGGUGAAAAUAUAGUUUCUGAGCUGUUGGACAAAUUGAUGGUCACAGCUUUUGAUCAUCUUGAAUCUUGUCAAAAUGCUGGUCGUUUGGAUCAGGUGUUUGAGAACCUCUUCGUGUCAUUCGAGAACUACAUUCUGAAUACAUACAAAUCAAAAUUUACCCAGUUUCUGAUGUUCCAUGCAUGUUCACUGGAUCCUGAAAAUUGUGGUGUGAAAUUUGCAAGUAAGCUGAUGGACAUUUUCCUCUCCAGCAACAAGCCUCGGACUACUAGGAUGAGUGCGGUGGCCUAUCUAGCUAGCUACUUGGCUCGUGGAAAGUUUUUGCCUGUUUCCAUUGUGGCUAGCAUGUUGAAAAGGUUGGUGGAUGAGUGUGCGGAUUACUGCAGAACUUGCAAUGAUGAUAUCAGGCCUGAAGCACAUCAGAUUUUCUACUCCGGAUGCCAGGCGAUAAUGUAUGUGCUCUGCUUCCGGAUGAGAUCUAUCCUAGAUGUUCCUCACUUUCGGUCCCAGCUUAUACCAUUGGAGUCAAUUUUAAUGCACAAACUAAACCCAUUGAUGGUGUGCCUUCCAUCCAUAGUUGCAGAGCUCCUUAGACAAGCUAAAGCAGGAGGCUUGUUCAUAAUCUCAGACUCCUUCAUCUUCGAUGACCUGCUAGAGUCUGAGCUUUCCCGUGCUUUUGGCGGGUGUGAGAGGCUUGAUACAUUCUUCCCGUUUGAUCCUAUCUUGCUGAAAAUGUCUAACAGCGCUAUAUCCCCGAACUUCAACUACUGGGCAAUGGUGAGAGCGACCUAUGAAGAAGAUGAAGAUGAUGAUGAUGAUGCUGAGAUCAUUGUGAACGGGGAUGAGGAUAGUGAUGAAGAGAAUGACGGUGAUAUUGACUACGCCAUGAACAAGAUGUCCAUAACGCCAAAGCACUCUUUCAAGAACAAUAUGGAAAGAGACAGACUUAUGAAAAUGCCUUCCAGAAUAAGACCUUCCACUAGUCCUGAAUCCUUGUGA